CGCGAGCAGCGUCUGCCUCUGCGUUCGACUCGGCCGCCAAGAUGGACGCCUUUGAGGACGAGAACCCGUUUCAGACCGACGUCGCGCCCGCCUUCGCUGCCCCGUCCUCGCCGCCUGCAUCGACGCCUAGCUCACCACCCCGACCGGGUGCGCGCUCGCCGCCUCUAAGCAGGCCGUCGUUCCCGAGCCCAGGCUCGCACGGGCGUCCGAAGCCAGCGUUCAAGGAGGACUAUUGCUGCACCAGAGAUCAGUGGCUACAUAGUGGCGAGGACGUCGAGAUUCAGAUUGUAGACGCACAGAAAACGUCUGUGAACUCGACGUCGCCGUACAUCACAUAUGUCAUUCGUGCAGGAAACGCAACCGCAUCGCACCGCUACUCCGAGUUUGAGUCGCUGCGAUUAUCACUCGCCAAACUGUACCCGACGCUCAUCGUUCCGCCCAUACCUUCAAAGCAGACCAUCGGCGACUACGCCGUGAAGCAGGCCAAGGCGAAGGAAGACGCGCAGAUGAUAGCGCGACGGAAGCGGAUGCUGCAGACGUUCCUGAACCGGGUCGCCAAACACCCCAUACUGUCCAACGAACACGUCUUCCACCGCUUCCUGGACGGCGAAGUCUCAUGGACCGAAGUACUGCAUUCUCCGCCCCUUACUCUCCUCCCGAAGAACAUCCUCCGUGCGCCCGCGCACAACCCGACCGAUUCCUCGUCCGCCAUCGCCUACGCCUCCCUGCCGAACCCAUCGCCCUCGCACCCCCUCCGCCGCCCAGACCAGCGCUUCCUCGAUAGCGAGGCGUUUACGAACAAGUUCGCCGCGCACCUGCAAGGCCCGAUGGAGAAAGUGACCAGACGGACGAUGAAACGGUGGUCAGAGUACUCCCAAGACCACGCAGAGCUCGGUGCCGCGCUCAACGGUUUCAGCUUGAACGAAACCGGAGAGCUCGCGGCGGCCAUCGAGAAGACCGGGCAGGCGGUCGACACCACCUACCUCUCCACCACGCGCCUCCUCCAGGACCUGGAACAGAACUGGCAAGAGCCGCUGUCGGAGUACACCCAGUUCGCGAGCAUCAUCAAGAAGCUGCUCGCGUACCGGCACCAGAAGCACGUCCAGGUAGAGAUGACGCAGGACGCGCUCGAGGCGCGCCGGGAGCAGCUGAACGAGCUCGAGAAGCACGAGCGCGAGGCGCGCCGGCUGGAGGAGGCGCUCAGCCGAUCGACGAUCCGCUCCCUGCCCAACACGCCCAGCCCGGGCUCCGGGACGCCCGACCCGGGGUCGCCGACUUCGCCUGCGCUCGGGUCCGAUCGUGGGGCGGGAGAGGGCGUGGGGAGCGAUGCGGGCGUGGGCGUGGGCGGGAGUCAGGAAUGGGGAGGCGCGAGGGAGAGGGAGGGGGAGGGGGAGAGGGAGGAGUACGGGACGCGGAGCUUGCCGCCGCAUCCGGGGCCUAACCCUGUGAAGAGGCGCGCGCCGGGUAUGGGGUUGUUGAGCGCGCUGAGCUAUACGUUGCACGGGAUGAUCGACUCGGACCCGGAGGCGGCGAGGAGGAGCUCGAUCAGCAAGACGCGGGAGACGAUCUCUAACCUCGAAGAUGCGCUUCAUCUUUCGGCGCAGGACCUCAAAUACGCGAGUUCGACGAUCCAGGCCGACUUGGAUCGGUUCCAGAGGCAGAAGGUGGCCGACUUGAGGGAGAUGUGCAUCAGCAUGGCGCGGGCGCAUCGGGAUUGGUGUAAGAAGAACAUGGAAGCUUGGGAAGAAGCGCAGAAGGAGAUCGCCAAGAUUCCUGAGCAUCCGAAUCAUCCGCCCGAGAGCGAGGGUCAGGGAAAGGGGACUCAGGACGCGGGGCGCCCGAGGAGUGACUCGACGGCGACUAUCAAUGGACGGUGAGCCGUCUGCGGGGGCGGACCGUGGAGUGCGCGAGAGUUGGACAGUACUGCCUUAGGAUAUUAUGAACAUAGUUUUUCUUUCCAUUCCUGCUACUACGAUCUCGUAUACGAC